AUGCCUCCUAUUGAUAUGACUAAUCCAGACACGAUCAAAUUCUUCAUAGAAAAUUAUGAGAAGACCGCCCGUCUCCGUAUGAAAUGGAAUAACCUUUAUUGGGACAAGUUGAACCAGGCUGCUACUCUAACCCGAGAAGAAAAAGGAUAUUGGAUUGAGGAUGUUUUAAAAAAAACUAUGGCCGAGGGUUUGCCAACUAUAACAAGAGAUAAUACAUCUGGCGCGAGAAACAAGAGAAAGAAACCAAUCCGAGACGCUGUCUUUAUACCAGGCAUUAAUGAUAUGAAAAAGGGGCAUUCGAUCGUUGAUGUUGGUCUUGCAGAUCCUAAAAAAGAUCCGACCGUAGAACGACCUGAUACUGACCUCAAACCAGAUCCCGUAAUGCGGCCUAUUAAUCCGAAGCACAAAAAGCUUAUCUAUAAAGGUCUUCCGAAUUUCGGUCGAGAGGUUUACUUAAAAGAAAGAACUAGGAUAGCUCCUGAAGACAAGUAUUAUUUUCGAGAAUGUUCUGGCUGGGAAUAUGGUUGGCGUCUUCAAGACAGCUACUUUAGUAGACACGUUCCGCAGUACGGACGUGUAUGGCUGCUGACCCGCGACGCUGCAUCUCGCAGCGGACCGCAACCAGAUCCGGACCACUACCAAACUAUAAAACUCCCGGGACCAGAUAAAUGUAAUAUGUAG